AUGGCCCCCCAGGAUACCUUUUUCCGCUCGUCGGACAUGAGCCUGACCCAGCUCUACAUCGCCAACGAGAUCGGUCGUGAGGUUGUCAGCUCACUCGGCGAAAUUGGCCAGGUUCAGUUCAGGGAUCUCAACCCCGAUACCAACGCUUUCCAACGCACGUUCACCAAGGAAAUUCGCCGUCUGGAUAAUGUGGAACGACAACUCCGAUAUUUCCACGCUCAGAUGGAGAAGGCUGCCAUCACUAUGCGACCAUCGAACGACUUCUCGGAUACACUGGCCGCCCCUCUCGCCUCAGAGAUUGAUGAGCUGGCCGAACGCAGCGAGAGCCUUGAGCAGCGCAUCGCCUCCUUGAAUGAUAGCUACGAGACCUUGAAGAAGCGCGAGGUCGAGCUUGCCGAAUGGCGCUGGGUCUUGAGAGAAGCUGGUGGCUUCUUUGAUCGGGCCCACACCCAGACCGAAGACAUCCGCCAAUCCUUCGACAACGACGAGGCGCCACUUCUACGCGAUGUUGAGCAGCAUGGCCCUGCUGGGGUAAAUGGAGAUACCCAAGGACAGCAGAGUUUUUCGGAACUUAACAUUGGAUUUGUCUCAGGUGUUAUUCCCCGUGACCGCAUCGGAGCCUUUGAACGUAUCCUCUGGCGAACACUGCGUGGCAAUCUUUACAUGAACCAGUCUGAGAUCGCCGACCCCAUCAUCGACCCUACAAACAACGAAGAAAUCCACAAGAACGUGUUCGUGAUUUUCGCUCACGGUAAAAACAUACUCGCCAAGAUUCGCAAAAUCUCGGAGUCCCUGGGUGCUUCCUUGUACGGUGUCGACGAGAACAGUGAAUUGCGACGUGACCAGAUCCAUGAGGUCAACACUCGCCUGGGCGAUGUUACCAAUGUGCUCCGAAACACCAAGAGCACUCUGGAUGCAGAACUUUCGCAAAUUGCCCGGUCUCUCGCAGCUUGGAUGAUCAUCGUCAAAAAGGAGAAGGCUGUCUACGAUACCCUAAACAAGUUCUCCUAUGAUCAAGCCCGGAAAACUUUGAUUGCUGAGGCAUGGUGCCCAACAAACUCCCUUGCUUUAAUCAAGUCGACCCUCCAAGAUGUCAACGACCGUGCCGGACUCUCUGUUCCGACAAUCGUCAACCAGAUCCAGACCAACAAGACCCCUCCCACCUAUGUCCGGACCAAUAAGUUCACUGAAGCAUUCCAGACCAUUGUCAACUCCUACGGUAUUCCUAAGUACUCGGAGGUCAACCCGGGAAUCUAUACGGUCGUCACUUUCCCCUUUCUCUUUGCCGUCAUGUUCGGUGAUUUUGGUCACGGAUUUUUGAUGACUUUGACUGCAUCUACUCUUAUCUUAUUUGAGAAGAAACUGGCACGCACAAAGCUGGAUGAGAUCUCAUCCAUGUUCUUCUACGGACGUUACAUUAUGUUGUUGAUGGGUAUCUUCUCCAUGUAUACCGGUUUUAUCUACAACGAUAUCUUCUCUCGACCUUUUACCUUCAUUUCCAGUCAGUGGCAAUGGCCUCAGGAUAUUACCGCAGGUCAAUCCGUCGAGGCUUCCAUCACAGAGGGCUAUCGUUUCCCAAUUGGUCUUGACUGGAACUGGCACGGUGCAGAGAACUCUUUGCUCUUUUCGAACAGUAUGAAGAUGAAGAUGAGUAUUCUGCUAGGCUGGUGCCACAUGACUUUUGCUCUCACUUUCCAAUACAUCAAUGCCCGACACUUCAAGUCCAAGGUCGAUCUCUGGGGCAACUUUGUUCCCAGCAUGCUGUUCUUCCAAUCCAUCUUCGGUUACUUGUCUCUCACAAUCAUCUAUAAGUGGACCAUCAAUUGGCAGGAUACUGACCUUGCUCCCCCAAGUCUGCUAAACAUGCUUAUUUUCAUGUUCCUGAGUCCCGGCACAGUUACCGAGCGACUCUACUCUGGACAGAGUGCGGUGCAGGUCAUCCUUCUUCUCAUCGCUGUUUGUCAGGUUCCUGUUAUGUUGCUCCUCAAGCCCUUCUGGCUUCGCCACGAGCACAAUAAAUCGCGUGCCCUUGGCUACCGCGGACUCGGAGAGCAAACCCACUUCAGCGCUCUUGACGAAGAUGGAGAUGCGAACGGAGGGUAUGGCGGAGCUCGUGACAGCCUAGCCAGUGACGGCGAGGGUGUCGCCAUGCUUGCACAGGAUAUUGAUGAGGAGCACGAAGAGUUCGUCUUUGGGGAUGAAAUGAUUCACCAGGUCAUUCACACCAUUGAGUUUUGUCUGAACUGUAUCUCCCACACUGCUUCAUACCUCCGUCUUUGGGCUCUGUCGCUGGCUCAUCAGCAGCUCUCCAUUGUGCUUUGGAACAUGACUCUUGGUGGUUCCUUCGAGACCGAGAGCCCUGUUGUCCGUGUCAUCAUGAUUGUCGUAACAUUCUACAUGUGGUUUGUUCUUUCGGUCAUUGUCCUGUGUGUCAUGGAAGGAACCAGUGCUAUGCUUCACGCUCUUCGUCUGCAUUGGGUCGAGGCAAUGAGCAAGCAUUUCAUGGGCGAGGGUACUCCAUUCUUGCCAUUCAGCUUCAAGACCCUCUUGGAGGAAGACCCAGUCGAUUGA